AUGGCGAUGCUGACACUGGCGGAACGAACCCCGAACAUCGAAUUGAUCUUUGGGAAAAAGGUUGUCGGAGGCGAAGAAACUGAGAGCAACGCUGUUGUUCACUUCAAAGAUGGUACUAAGGCUGUCGGUGACUUGGUAAUCGGCUGCGAUGGAGUUCAUUCUGCGGUUCGCACAUCCUGGGUCGAUCCUGGCAGUCCAUCCGAAUAUACUGGUAUAUCGUUUUUACAGGCGACCGUGCCAACAGACAGUAUUUCUUCGCGAAUUCAUUUCCGCUCAUCGGCCCUCAACAUAUCGCGACAUGGAUCAAUGCUGACCAGCUAUUGCGAUCGCGACCGCGAACAAAUCUUCGCCGCUGCCACUGUGCAAUUUAGCCAAGAUGACUUGAACUGGGCAACGCAACAUAGAAUCAAGUGUGCACUUCGUCGCGAGGUCCAAGAUCGUUUCUCCAAGACUGCGAUACCUUGCAUUCGGGAGAUAGUCAACAGUGAAGCAGACUGGAUGCUUUACCCUGUUCAUCAAGUGCCACCAGGCGGGAGAUGGUCCACAAAUCGUGUGAUUCUGCUGGGCGAUGCAGCACAUGCGAUGCCCCCAAGGGACGAAUCCGCCGCCUACGCGCUGGACGAUGCAAUUCUCUUUGCUCGUAUCCUAGUCCGUUACCGGUCUGAACCACUGUCCGAAGUGUUUGAUGCGUAUGAGAGUAUGCGCCGCGAUACCAUCGAAAAUGCCUUCAAAGAGUCCCACCGUAUGUGGGAUCGCAAUCGUGAUAUGGGUAUGCUAGAGGGUCGCCUUAAGGAGUGGCUGAUGCCGUUCUAUUUACGCAGUAACCGUGACAAGCGCGAAGCUGCGUGGGAGUUUGACGCAGCAAAGAUCACAAUUCCUACACCUGCCCCUAGUGAGGAUUUAGUAUCUCUAAAUUCAUUUCUGAAGGAGCAUACGGCAUGA